GGCUACUUACGCGUCGCACUCAUCGCUCCGGGCAUCAGUGCGCGCCCAGUGCUCAACCGCAGUAGAUCGCGAAUCGGGAAUCGUGAAUGGGGAUAUAUAUGAACCAACGUUAGAGUGUAAAAAUCUGCUUUUCAAUGCCAAUGAGAUACAGCUGAAAAGCGCACAAAUAUUUGCACAUCAGUUGUGGAGAGCUCCGCCCCAGUCCGCAACAGCGACUUCCUGUCCGGGCCACUUACGGCUGCUAAAUUCGCCGAACACGUGCUGCAGCGUCUGCGGCCUGGAUCUAAAACUCCGUCUACGGCUUUAACUGGAACUCCAAUCAGGAGCCGUAUUUUUUUGUUGCUUCAGAGACCAGAACCGAGACCCCUCCUGCCGCCAUGCAUUCGCCGGGUGCCAAAGUGUCGGGCUAUGUCGUCCUGAUGAUUGUGCAAAUAAUUUUCCUGGUCCUAUUCUGGCUGUUCGUGCGUUACGAAAAGGAACUCCUGCCGCCGGCAAUCGAUGCCGAAGACGCUGGAUCAGCAAAGGAACACGUUUCAAAAUAUCCGCAGUUCCAGGACAUCCAGGUAAUGAUCUUCAUUGGCUUCGGCUUCCUCAUGACCUUCCUGAGGAAAUAUGGCUACAGUGCCACAGGCUUCACCCUGUUCAUGGCCGCCCUGGUGGUGCAGUGGUCCGUACUGAUGAAGGGAUUCCUUCACAUGGAGGAUGGCAAGAUCAGCCUCUCCCUGGAGAACAUCAUCGAUGCGGAUAUUGCCGCCGCGGUUCCUUUGAUUAGCAUGGGCGCCCUCCUGGGCAGGACCACGCCCAUCCAGCUGCUCUGCAUGUCAAUCUUCGAAGUGGCUCUGUUCGCCGCCAACGAGUAUCUGGCUCUGCACGUUUUCAGUAUUUGCGACUGCGGUGGCUCCAUCACAGUGCAUGCCUUCGGCGCCUACUUUGGCCUGGCGGUGGCCCUGAUGCUGCGCCCCUCGAGUGACCAAAACGAGGCCGGAAAGCUGGAGGGCGCCAGCUAUACAUCGGACAUAUUCGCCAUGAUUGGCACCACCUUCCUGUGGGUGUACUGGCCCAGCUUCAACUCGGUGCUGGCGGCUGGAGCCGGCGGCGAGCGAGCCAUUUUGAACACGUUCUUGUCAUUAGCCGCGGCAACAGUGACCACCUUCGUUGUAUCCGCGCUUGUCAGCCACGAGAAUAAAUUGGACAUGGUGCACGUGCAGAACUCGACUCUUGCCGGGGGCGUGGCUGUGGGCACGGUGUGUAACUUGCUGCUCGGCGCCCAUGGAGCCGUCUUAAUUGGCAUUAUCGCCGGCACGGUCUCGGUACUCGGCUAUCGCUAUUUAACACCCUGGAUGACUGCCAAUCUGCGGCUGCACGACACCUGUGGCGUGCACAAUCUGCACGGAAUGCCGGCCCUUAUUUCCGCCAUUGCCUCGGCCAUUUACGCCUCCAUGGCCACCUCGGGUGACUAUCGAUCGGAGCUGCAGGACAUUUUUCCGGCCAUGGUUGGCACCAACGGAACUGAUACCAAAAUCAUGGGCGGUCUUGGCCGAAAUGCCAGUUCCCAGGCAGGCUACCAGUUGUUUGGCAUUGCUGUGACCCUUCUCAUUGCCAUCGGUGGAGGCAUUUUAACAGGAGCCGUUUUGAAGUACGCCAGCUUCCGGAAUCUGAAGAAGGACGAACACCACCAGGACGAGCAUUACUGGGAGGUCCCUGCCGUGGAGAACAAGGAGGAAUAUGAACUAGAAAGAGUUGACGAGCUUUUGUCGUAAGCUAAAAUACCCAGGCGACAUCAACAGGACAAUGGGUGCCAGCCAAUCCUUUUGUUGUCCUUGCCAGCUCCGCUUAAUUUUUGUAGACAUUUGUCGCAUUUAAUUAAAAACUCCAACAAUUUACACAUUUAAUUAGCGUAGUGCACAACGAAAAAGCCCAACACAACACAAAAACAAAAAAAAUCAAA